CCCAAAAUCAUUUUUUUAGUUUGACAUUUUUUUUGGAAUUUGGAUCUGGAUAUUGGGAACGAAGUUAAUUUAUGAAUUUAUUUAGUAAAUAUUUUACAUUAAUUUCGAUAAAUAUAAUGACGCUGUGAUGUAUUUUCAUCUCUAUCAACCGUAGUAGCUUAUAGCUCUAGGAUUUGUGCCCAGUUGGCAGAAUAGGCUAUUAAUAAUGCCGUUUUAAUGAAUGUCCUAAAUAAAACGUUCAUAACAUGGCCGGGACGAAAUGUGUGAAAGGUGCAAAAUAUCUGGCAAAAUUGGCGGAUACAAAUGCCCCCUGCGCCUUCUGUAGAAGGGACGCCAAAGAAGAGACAGCAUACGGGAAACUGUACAGCAUUGGAAAUAUUCAUUGCCACUAUUUUUGUGUUUUACUAUCCUGUUGUCUCAUACAAAAAGGCAAAGAUGAGGAAGGUCUAUUUGGAUUCAUGUACCCUGACAUUUUGGCAGAGAUCGAGAGGAGUAAAAAGCAUAGAUGUUCAUACUGUGGUGUGGAGGGUGCAACUUUGGGAUGCAGUAUAACACAAUGUAAGAAACAGUUCCACCUGCCCUGUGGGAGGGAGAAAAAGGCUGUCUCUCUCUAUUAUGGCAAUUAUAAGUCAUACUGUGAAAAGCAUGCGCCCAAGCAAAAACUACCAGCUGAGCUAAUGUCUAAAGUUAGAUCAAGAUUGGCUAAAAUAAGGCAAGGCAACCAAGGAAAAUCCAUGCGCAAUUUGAAAGCAUAUAGUGGUAAAGAAACUAAAAAGACUGAAUGCACGGAGGAUCUAGAAACAGUAUGUGUGAUAUGCUAUGAAGCCGUGGAUGGAUUCCCUUCUACGGAAACCUUUUGGCCACCUUGCUGCGCGAGGGAUGCUUGGUUCCAUAGGAGUUGUUUGCAGCGCAUGGCGUUCAGCGCAGGCCUAUACUACUUCAAAUGUCCACUGUGUAAUGACAAGGACAGGUUUUAUUCCGCUGUGGUGGAACAAGGAUACUUCAUACCGGACAGAGAUGCAGCAUGGGAGUUAGACCAAAACGCGUUUUCGGGAAUAUACGAGCGACCCGUGGAGUGUCGUGCGGAUGUCUGCAUAUGCACACUGGGUCGGAAAUAUGAUGCGGACUCAGGGCGGUGGGAUAUAAAACUGUGCGUGCUUUGCGGAGGUCCGGGCUCGCAUCAGGCGUGUCUCAGCAGCAAGUUGUAUGUGUGCGCGGUUUGCAGCCCCGCGGCGCCCGACCUCUCACACCUGGAAGUUAUUGACGCUGUGUCACUACCAACGCACGAGCAAGAGACGCAACAUGUGCCGUCGGGCCCCAUCAUGCCGAGUCGAAUGUCCAUCCGACGGACAAAACCGAGGCCCACUUUAAAUAUGUCAUCAACUUCAUCACAAAAUGUACAGAUUAAGACUGAAAUCGAAACCAAUGCUGUAAAAUCCAAUACAGACUUAAGUCGUGAAGAUCUGAAUCUUAAAACUCCUAGACGGCCCACCACAAAUAUGGCAACUGAACAAAAACAACCAGGAUCACUGACACCACGAAUUCCACUAAAACAGGAUAUAUUAACCACUGAACAGAAUCAACCAGAAAACAACUUAGAAUCACCACUAAAACUCCUAAAACAGCCAGAAAACGAGUUGCUAUCACCACUAAAACUACUAAAACAGGGGUUAAAUGAGAAAAUAUCAAAUACUGAAGUCGAGAAAGUGAUAUUGGAUCGUGAGAUUGUAGAAGAGAUGAGGGAAAAGUUUAAGACGCCUAAACCAGCGUGUGUUAAAAGGAGAAUCGUUAGCGAAAUACUAGAACGACUUCUGGACUGUGUGAUGAAUGAACAGAAUGUGGAAUGGAAGAAAUCUCCAGAAAAAUUAAAGGAAUCUAUCGAAGAUGCAAAAAAUGAUGAAGACAAAGAAAAUGCAUUGGACUUAACUAUGAAACAUUCAAGUUAUAUCCAAAAUGAAGAUAUGUCUCUACGAAAUGAUAUCUCAAAAACUCCAGAACAUAUCUCGAAAAGUUCAGAACAGCAUUCAAAUAGUAUUCAAAAUAAAGAUCUGUCUUUUGGAAAUGAUAUCUCAAAAACUCCAGAACAUACCUCGGAAAGUUCAGAACAACAUUGUAAUAUUCAAAAUGAAAAUCUGUCUCUACAAAUCGAUAUCUCAAAAACUUCAGAACAAAUAUUGGAAAGUUCAGAACAAAAUUCAUGUAAUAUUCAAAAUGAAGAUGUGUCUCUACAAAAUGAUAUCUCAAAAACUCCAGAACAUAUCUUGGAAAGUUCAGAACGAAACCACUUAAAAUCACAAGAACAAAAUUGCUUAAAGUCUUAUGAACAGCUUUUAGAACACAAAGUCUCAGAACCUUUAGAGGAAAAUAUAUUGCACCCAAGUACUCUAGAACAGCUAAUUAUAUGUGAAAACGCCAAUUUGACACCAAAAAAAGCUACCAUUUUAGAAGACGAUUCGUCUGAUAGUACUAGUCCUUUCCAAUUACCACCAGAAUUUAUAGCAGAAUCAAGUAACAGUCUACCCAUAAUCGAGACGCCAAGGAAAUUAAAAAAAAUUAACUUAGAAAACGAUUCCAUGGAAAUCUCAGAAAACAACCAAAUUGUCAACAUAGACUUGGUUAAAGUUGAAAAUAUUGACAAAGAUUUCAAAAUAUCCGAGAAAAAAUGCGCAUUCAAACUAAGCCCUCUAAAUAAAAAUAUAUCAGAAAAAAAUCUUGAUAUCGAUUUGGAAAGUUUCAAAAAUCAAUACCUCAAUGAAGUAGACAGAAAAUUUAAUUGCAAUUUCGAGCAUAAUCAUGAAAAUUUAGAAACAGUACCAACAAAAUUAAAAACUAUUGAUUUUGCUAUAGACGUGUUGAAAAAACCGCCAAAAAGAAAACUACCAGCCAGUGAUGAUGUUGCCAGUAAAAAGAGAAAAACUACCAAAAUAGUGCGAGAAAGUAAAAAACAACACAGAGACCGUGCUCUUGACAGGGAAUGUAAUAGAAAUCGUUCUGGUGAAAAAUCUGAUUGUAAAAACGAUAGUGACGAAAAAACAAGAUAUAAAAAACGUAGAGCUCAUGCUGAUGAAAAGAAUAAAGAUAAAUCUGAUAACAAAGAAUGUAAUGUUGAAAAGAAGAGACGUAAAAAACUCAAACAUAAGAAAAAUCACAACACCGAAUUAUCUAUUCGCAACAGAAAUAUAAACCUGAAGAUUAGAUUCAAAUCUGAAGAGCUGAAUUUGAAAAUUUCAAAACCCAAAAAGAGGGGUAGAAAAAUCAAAAAAGAUACUCCUAAAGUAUUGAAACAAUACGUAUUGCAGUACCCGUUAGAUAAAAUUUCUCCAAAAGAUUGCAUUGCUCGACCUGAUACUGAUGUUACGCCGAUAAAAAAGAAAUAUAAUAUAAAAUGUGAAAAGUCCUCUGACAGUUUAAAACAGACGUCCAUAUCCAAUUUCUUUAAAAUAUCCCCGAAGACAUAAAUAAACGUUUGUUGUUUUUCUAAUAAUAAUUAAAGGCCUGUAUGUCUUUUUAUCAUAAAAUGUAUUCAUUUAUUUAGAUCUUAAGAUUAGAUUCUAGAAUAUUUUAAAAUAAAACUUUUUAUCUUUAUUUAUUUAUAUACUUAAAAUAAAACUUUUAGCAAGCA